AUGUUGGAACCAAAAGUGGAAAAAAAGACUUUUGCUGAGUUUUUGAAUAGAGAGAAAUUUUCAAUUCAGAAGUACAUGUUGGAGCUCGCAGUAAUCCCCAAUGCAGUUGGGUAAGGGGCAAUACGAGCAAUUGUUGAGUUCUGAAACUAUACCACUAUACUAUGGAAGAAGUCGGUACCCUAAAUAGUAAAUAAAUCAAUAGUUAUUUGAUUAUUAAAGUUAUUAAAUUUUAAAUAAAUAACUUUCUAUUAACACUAAGCUUGUGUGAAAUUCCAUUAAAUAGGUACCGAGAAGUAUUUGAACAAUAUUUUUCCGAACCUCAAUGUAAACCAUUUAACAGACAGGUAGAUUUUGAUAAUUUGAGAUGGACGAGCACAUCUGCUCGUUUUAAAUUUAAAUUUAAAUUUCACAGAAGAAAUCAGAAAUAAAUUUCAUGUACCAGAACAUUAGAGUGGCUGGCGAUGUUUGGUGAUGAUAGCACUCGUUUUGGUGACAAUUUCGAUAUGCGUGUUCCCGAAAAAAUCAUUAUAAUGGGUAAUAAACAUCAUAGAGGCACCAAAUCAAAUCCAAAGGAAUUUAUAAAUGAUUUAGUCAUACCUCAUCUAGCCAUGGAAGAACAUAACCGAGUUCAAACUCCACAGCAAAAAAUUACCAUGUCAAGACACUAUUUCCUAUCAGUAUUGGACAACUUUAAAAACUCAGCGCAGACUACUGAGGAAACUAAUUUCUACCCUAAAGUACUGAAGUUGCGCAGAUUCCGAACAACGUGCAGUAAAUUUAUCACAAUAUAAGGUUUUUUAAUACGAGUGUUAGCGAACCAAUUUUCUCGACAUUUUUCCAAUUUUCUCGAUGGAAGCGUGCAACGAAGACGGAUGCCAUGGACCCCGCGUGUACUGA